AUGUUUCGUCUUACAAAUAAAGGCAGCCAGUCGCGUAAAAACCACAAAAUCAUAAAUCAAACGACAAAAAUAUCGGAAUCGGAUCAAGCUAUUCCAAAAAGCUCCCUCCAGCUUCAGAUGGAAAAGCAAAGGGAACUAGAAGAAAAGGCAAGGAUAGAAGCAGAAGAAGCCAAUCGAAAAAUGCUAGAGCUGCAAGAACAGAAGAAAGCAGCCGCAGCGGCUGCCGUUCCAGUGGCUCCUGCUCAAGUCCCAACGUCGCCAGAAUACUCGCUGAGUGAUAUGGAAGCUUACAUUGCGAAGAUGACAGAAUACGUGAAACAUAUGCAAAUGCUCGAACAAAGAAAUUUGCUUUUGGAGAAGGAGAACUCAAGAAUCCAAGAGGAAAAUAAUAAUCUUCGACGCGAAAUGGCCGAGCGUGUUCACAUAAAGCCUGGCAUCAUCACAGCUCAAAUUCAGAAGUCAUUUCCGAAUUACCAAUAA